AUGGCAAGAAUGCCUUUAGAGCCUCUAAUUGUUGGAAGAGUCAUAGGAGAUGUUCUUGAUUCGUUUACCACAAGCAUAAAAAUGAGUGUGAGCUACAACAACAGGCAAGUCUUCAAUGGGCAUGAGCUCUUCCCUUCAACUAUCAACACCAAGCCCAAGGUUGAGAUUGAUGGUGCUGAUAUGAGGUCCUUCUUUACACUGGUCAUGACAGACCCGGAUGUUCCUGGCCCUAGUGAUCCCUAUCUGAGAGAACACUUGCACUGGAUAGUGACAGAUAUUCCAGGCACAACAGAUGCCACAUUUGGCAAAGAGUUGGUGAGUUAUGAGAUCCCAAAGCCUAAUAUUGGGAUCCAUAGGUUUGUGUUUGUCUUGUUCAAGCAAAAACGUAGGCAGUGUGUUACUCCACCAUCUUCAAGGGAUCACUUCAACACUCGCAAUUUUGCAGAUGAAAAUGACCUUGGCCUUCCUGUGGCUGCUGUCUACUUCAAUGCUCAGAGGGAAAGGGGCUGCGGCGGCCGGGUUUCCUGCUGA